CGAAUCAAUCAUCAUCUCGACCACAACCGUAUACGUAGAAAGAAAAGACGGGAGGGAAGAAGAGCAAAGUUGCAGACUUUGUAGAUAGAGAAACAGAGAUUGGUAUUAACCAUAUUUAACGGACCGUUCCGGUGCUGCCUAAGUUAGCAAUUCCGACGCACCGUGACCAAAACGACCGCCUUGAAUCUCUGAAUCGGUUGGGGUCGAUGGCUGAGUUGACUCAGACCGAGGUGUAUUCCUCUCGGUCGAUUCAAGUAUGGAGAACACUCCUGAACUGGCUCGCUUUCUUCUUCCAGAUCUUCACCCAGAUCCUCAGGUCGGUGGGUCACCAUCCGCUUCUGUCCUCUUCAUCGUCGUCUUCUUCGGCGCACCGUUUCAAGCCCUUGCCCGUCGUUGACUCGCCGGAGAUCGAGUCUCCUUCGGCGGUACAGAUCGCCGCCGUUUUCGACUCCGCCACCACCGUUACCGAGGAGAAAAUCGAGAAACUCACGGUAGUUCUUGACUUGGAUGAAACUCUAGUAUGUGCAUAUGAGACCUCUACUCUGCCUCCUGCUCUUCGAAAUCAAGCAACAGAAGCUGGAUUGAAGUGGUUUGAACUUGAAUGCGUGUCUUCAGACAAGGAGUUUGAAGGAAAACCUAAGGUCAAUUAUGUUACUGUAUUUGAACGUCCUGGCUUGCACGAAUUUUUGAAACAACUCAGUGAAUUUGCUGAUCUUGUGCUUUUUACUGCUGGGCUUGAAGGCUAUGCUAGCCCACUUGUUGAUAGAAUAGAUAUGGAAAAUUGGUUUACUGGUCGACUUUAUCGACCUUCAACAAUCAGUACGGAGUAUCGAGAACAUGUGAAGGAUCUAUCGUGCCUUUCAAAGGAUUUAUGCCGAACCGUUAUUGUAGACAACAACCCUUUCAGUUUCUUGUUGCAACCUGUAAAUGGAAUUCCAUGUAUUCCAUUUUCUGCAGGGCAGCCACGUGAUACACAGCUUCUGGAUGUCCUCCUUCCACUCCUCAAGCAUCUCUCCCAGCAGAAAGACGUGAGGCCUGUCCUAUAUGAAAGGUUUCACAUGCCUGAAUGGUUUCAAAAACAGGGUAUCCCUGCUUCUGCUUGGAAAGUUGACGACAAGUUGUAGUUGUAGCCUACUAUUCUUCCAUUCCUUGUACAAUCCAUACCAGCUUUGUUGCUGAAAUGCAGUAUUCUUACAGGAUUCUUGACCUUUGUAUAGCAUUUGCGCUCUGAAAUUGUUGAUGAAAGCUGUGAAAGAUCUAUCAAAGCAUUAAUAUGUUCAUCUUCUGUCCAAUUUCCAGUAGUCUAAAACAUUAAUGUAUUUAGAUCAUAAAUAAUUUUUUUCUUAGUAAAUUUUGUUGAUAAUCUUGCAGUCCUGCUGGUUUUUAAUGUGAACUUCAGAUUUUUUUUUUUUUAUUUUUAUUUUUUGAUCUCUCUUCUUGAUGGACGACUGAUGGCUGAUUCUGUUUGGCACUCAGAUAGUAAAAUGGACCAAUGGCUUAGCAUAGCCUAAGCCUACAGGUAGAAGUGCCAAACAUGGUGAUCGAGGGCCACCUAUGGACAUGCCUGGACCAAGAGGUACAACCGCCAUACCCAGCUGGGGAGUCUAAGAAACCAUCCAUUUCCCCCAGCUAGUUUGUAUGUAAAAUAAUUCAGUUCCAGGCAUGGCCAAACGAAGAGAAUUUUGUUUAGCUGAUAAUUGAAGCGGGCUGACAUGAUGUUAGGAUCUCCAUAUCAGAAUAGGAAUCUCCAGCACAGAUAUGUCUCUUUAAAGCUUGCAUGUGCAACAGAGAAAAAGGCAACCUAAAGCUUCCAUCUUUAAACACAUAUUGUCACAAAAAACUACAGGGUUUCACUUCUUGGCCAGUCUCCAUUAAAAAGGACACAUGAAG